UCGGCGCUCGUCUAGCCGCGCCUGUCGCCCGCUUCCGCUGUCGCGUUGGCGCCGCGGAGUCCCGGGAGGGUCCGGGGGCGCCAUGACCAACGUUUACUCCCUGGACGGGCUCCUGGUGUUCGGGCUGCUGCUGGUUUGCACUUGCGCGUACCUGCGGAAGGUGCCCCGACUGCGCACCUGGCUCCUGUCCGAGCGCAGGGGGAUAUGGGGAGUCUGCCACAAGGCUGCUGUGAUUGGGACCCGUCUGCAUGUGGCUGUGUCCGUGUCCUGUCUUCUCAUGGCCUUCUACGUCCUUGUGGGAAAGUGACCACGUGAGGAGCUGCUGGUGACAUGAGAGAGACCCUGGGACUGACUAGAGAUCUUGUGACUGAUUCUGAAGACCCCCAGUAUGGACCAGAAACCCUGGUACUGAUCCCAGUGUCCCAGUACCAACCACAGAUCCCGGUACUGACCCUGAACCACCCCCAGUCCUGCCCCUGGCAGCAACCUGGAUCCUGCGAGUGGCAACCCAGGGACCAUCAUGGCCCGUCAGCCUCCGUGAACGCACCAAGGGCAGCUGGGGGGGCCAACAGGGCACCUUUAGACUGUUGGAAAAGGAUUUGUCAUGAAUUCUGUAGAGAAGUGGGUGAAGGGACCCCCAGGACUCGGGGACUCAACUCUGCCUUGUGAGCCCCUUCUCUUGAUGCUGAGCAGGAUCCUAGUGAUACCAUAGCAGGCUGUGGGGGCCAAGUAGGGCCUGCCCCAUCCAUGGGAUUUUCCUAUGCUCCAUGGGAUUUUCCUAUGCUCCUGUAGCGUGGGGGCCCCUCAGGGGGGGUCUCCUUCUGCAGUGGGGGAUUGGUGACCCCCCCGGGUUGUAAAUACUGGACCACCACAUACAAAUAAAGUGGGGGUUCCUUUGUGGCA